AUGAGCGAAAUGCGAAGAGGCUCGCGUGGAGGUCCUGACCGGGAAUGGCUGCAAAAGGAGAGAAAGCGCAUUGAAGAUGAUAUUCGAGAGGAGAUGCAAGAGGCCGUGUCAAACGUGCAAAUAUUGAACCAGAACAUGGAGCAUAUCAAUGACGUGGGCCAAGAAGUGGUGGCCAUUUCUUCUGUGUGGGUAAAGUUCUUGCAUCAGAUGACGGCGUCCAGCAAGAUGUCUCAUGCUGUAGCUUUGCCUUUUCUCAAAGUGCUACAAUACUGA